GAGUUUUGUGGUCUUGAAACUCAUUAAUCGGCAUUUAAGAGUAACGUGUGACUCUUUGUCAGUAACAUGUCAAAUCAUACAGCAUUGGCUACAAAAAGGAAAAUUUGUCAGGAAAAAGGUCUAUCACUCGUCCUGACUAUACUAAGGUUUGUAUCCUCUGUCGCAACUCUUGUCCCGAGCCUCAUCUGCACUCGUAUCCCAGGCUUGUCCAAUAGGCAGCGAAAUGUGUGCGACGAAAACCCAAAAGUCAUCUAUUGCAUUAGAGAGGGUUAUCGAAUGGCUGCAGAAGAAUGCAGGUUCCAGUUCCGAAAAAGCAGAUGGAAUUGUACUCUACUUGGUGAAACAUCGGAUUUCGACGACAAAGCCAUCAAGGGCACUAGAGAGAUGGCAUACACGCAAGCUAUCAUUUCGGCUGGAGUUGUGUACACAGUCACCCGAGCCUGCAGUAUGGGAAACCUCAGCGAAUGCAACUGCGACAAGAAACUCACGGGUAUGGAGAAAAAAAAACACUACAAAGGUUGGACGUGGGGGGGUUGUUCCGUCGACUUGAGCUUCGGUCUCGAUCUUUCCAGUCGCUUCGUGAAUGCACGCGAGGAGAAACACAAUGCCUUUUGGCUGAUGAACAGGCAUAACAGCCGGGCUGGGAGGCAGGUUGUCAAACAGAAAUUGGUUAAAGUUUGCAAAUGCCAUGGAUUGUCAGGGUCCUGUGUUGAACAAACAUGCUGGAUGGCCCUUCCUUCUUUCCGUCAAGUCGCAGAAAAGUUGAAAGAGUAUUACCACAAUGCUUUGAGAGUUAACGCCUUGACGAGCGCGACCUCGGGAGGGGCGAAACCUGAGCACCUUGUGUUACGAUCUAAUUAUUCCAAGAAGCCACACAUGCAUAGCCUGGUGUAUCUGAAUGACUCUAAGGCAUUCUGUAAUCGGGAUCCGAAACUUCGAAUUCCGGGAACCCGAGAUCGCAUCUGCAACACAACCGGCUCUACUGAGGAAGACAACUGUGAUGACAUGUGCUGUGGUCGUGGCCACGAUACACACAAUCUCACUGAGGUGGUUCAGUGUGGCUGUAAAUUUCACUGGUGCUGCGAGGUCAAAUGUGAUGAAUGCGUCACUAAUGUAAUAAGGCACACGUGCAAGUAGAUGAGCAUAAUAACUGGAACUUGGCCGCGGCACAGCUUACACAGUGUGUACCGACGGACAAAUAGCAUUUGAGAGCCUCUAGGCUGAGAGUGAAAAUCACUUUGUUAAAGUUAAACGAUUAAAAGAACAAUUGUCUAGCAGAAUUCAUAUCAUGUAAAGAAGAACAUCCAUACUUUCAGUCAGACGCAUUAAAAACGUCGUGAAAAAUAGGUGUAACUGGGACACCAAGAACAACUGACAUUUAAGAACCCCAAGCUCUUAAAGUGCUUUUUCAUUGUAAAAAUAUUCAAAUGUCAUGAAUACAAUGUCAUGAUUUCUGACGGAAAGAAAUCAUCCUAGAUCAGAUUUGAUAACAUCGAACUGACUUUGCGAUUUAAGUAAACUUAUCUAAUUUUUAAAAGGUCACUAGAAGCAUCACAAAGUGAAGUCAUAUUAUUGUAGAUGUAUCUUGAUAUAAGGAAUAUUAAAGACUGAUAGACCUGAUUAAAACAUCUAUAAUUCAAAGUUAAAGGAAUAUUCUUAGGUUCUUAUACCACACCUCUUACUUAGGGAAACUAUUUGCAAGUCUCUCAAGGUGGACUCGAGCCCGAUCACAGUUUUGUCAUUCAACAAUAAUUUAUCUCAUUUUUUUGUUUAGGUCUGUAGGUAAUAGUGGAAGCUAACGCGCGCAAACUAGCCAAUUGGAAUAAAGAUAUCGUUUUCUCGACCAAUGAGGUACAAGAUACGCGAAAUUAACCUUUCUAUAGCUGACACUAUAAUACUUAUUGCAUUUUGCGUUAUUGCGUUUCCUUGUAUUUCAUUUGAAGUACACCUUAACCAUCAACAAUCAACCGUCGACCAUUGCAUCGAGGGUGUAAUUCUAAUAUUAUUUCAAGCGGGGAGGAAUUAUUAUAAUGACAAAUUAUGUUAUGACUAAAUUUUUCGGUGAGGGAAGGCUUCACUAUUUUCCCUAAACACACAAAUUUCUCCAGCCUUUUCUCGGUUCUUCUUUAAAAGUAUUCAUGAAAACUAUCCAGUACAUUUACAUACUGAGAAUAUUUAUCAAGCCAGUACAAAGAAAAAUUACAUAGGAGGUGUGGUAUAAGGCGAAACUAGUCUACUUUUAGAGCAAUGUUCAAUUGAGUGUCGAAAUACUGGGUGAUAACAUUGGAUUGUUUUACGUUAAUCUGUGAUAAUUAUGCUUAAGCUCCUAAAAUCCAUUCAACAAAUUAGGUGAGAAACAAAGUCAAAUCUCAAAUUGUUCAUCCGUUUUUUCUUGCGCUAGAAGCUGUUAGCUGGUUUUCAUUUUCAGGUCUAGCUUUCGAGUGGCUCUUAAGAAGAUUUUUCUUUGUUCUGUUCGGCAGAUGCCAUUACUUUGGUUUUGAUCAGUUAACGACACUCAUUAGAAUUGCGCUCUCGUAAAACACUUAAACGAAAUAUUCAUAUGUGGAAGUGUGUUUUUCAAGUUUUAUCGUAUGGUCCAUAUCAGAAAUAAAUGUGACGACUAUUAGGUUGUCCUUAAAAAUGAAAAGAUGAGCUACCUCACCGAGCUUUUUUCAAGCUCUCGUAAACCAAGUAAACGAAACAUUCAUAUAUGGAAGUGCAUUUUUCAAGUUUUAUCGUAUGCUCGAGAACAGAAAAAAAUGUGACGGCCAUAAGAUUGCCUUUACAAAUGAAAAGAUGGGCUACUUCACUGACCUUUUCAAGCCCUACAAAAUUACCAGACGUGGGCAGCUACUGAAAUUUGAGAUAUCAUUUCCCUCAGUGGUGCUUAGACUGAAAAGAGCCUCUCCUUUUUUGGCGUAGUCAGACGCCCAAGUUAAAAAAGAUUUGAGGGAAACAAAAUGAUGACGUUAGCGCGCCACGCAGAAAUCUGGGAGUAAGACACCUCACACUCAAAGUUCUGCGCAGCGCGUUAACAUCAACUUUUUCGCGCUGACUGGAUUAGUUUUUGAAGAGCGUGACAGAGUUUUCCGAAAAGAAGAGGCUGCUCGUAAUCUACCUGGCGCUUGGCACAAGUAUCUCUGUCUACAUUUUCAGUUUAAAUUGUCAAAACAGUGGCUUUUUGAUAUUUGGUUGGCGGCCACGGGUGGCUAGAAGUAGUUGUAUUCUACAAUCGGUCGCCGUUCGCGUCUUUGAAACGUUUCCUUAAAGAGAACCUCUACUGGUAAAACAAACUGUCGUUGAUCAGUUAUAGCUUGAAAGUUACAUUAUGGGUUAUUUUAAACAUGGUUGUUCUGACGCCCUUGAGAAUCAAAGGACAGAAGAGCUAUUUUUUGAUGAUAAAAGUUGCAACCGUAUGACGUGAUACGAUCCAAAAUGGCGUUCACCAGGAAAUUGCAUGUAUUGUGAACAUUUUUUGUAUCUUUUGGCUCUUGUUUCGCAAUUUUUCUUGAGAAUCUCCACACUUUAAAAUAUUGUCACAUUUCAGUGACAACUUGUCUCGCCAAUAGAAGCUUCCUGUAAAUUCCCUAUCUUCGAGCAACGGCGUCUUCACAAUUGGAGUUAUUUAUUAGAUUAGUCGUUUCCUCUAAACUUUUAAUUCAUUGCAGGCUACUAUCGUUUGCAAGUAUAUAUCAUUUAUCAUAUGAUAUGACAUUCAAAAUAAAUCGGGGCGGUGUGUAAAUCAUUUAUCACCUGGUAGUUCAUAGACAACUAAUUCGUAACUUAAAAUGACUCCAUUUGUGAAGUUUUUGUUUCACAGAGGCUUUAGAAUGGACUUUCCAGUUAAUGGUUCCUGGCAUAAAUAAGAACGCGGGUUUCAUAUCUUGGCGUACACCUGAUCCUGUUUUCCUUUCCUAAAAGAAAAUAAAAUACGGAAAAAAAAAUCCAUACUUCAAUCUUUGCUCU